UAAUCAACGCAGGGGCUGCUUGACCUGAAGCUUUUUUUCGCCGUCUGGCUCGAAGCGCGGACCAGUCUGCCGAAACGGGCCCAUGUCUGAAAACCCAGACAGACGCUCGCAUUUUCACAGAAAGGACACGGCAAGCGAGUACGUCGCCCCCGACGGAGCAGCAAGAUGGAGUGUGAGUGGAAGCCAGACGAGCAGGGGCUUCAGCAAAUACUCCAGCUACUGAAGGAGUCUCAGUCACCAGACACGUCCACGCAGAGAUCCGUCCAGCAAAGACUCGAGCAGCUGAACCAGUACCCGGACUUUAACAACUAUUUGAUAUUUGUUUUGACCAAAUUAAAAUCCGAAGACGAACCGACCCGUUCCCUGAGCGGGCUGAUUCUGAAGAACAACGUAAAGGCUCACUACCAGAACUUCCCAAACGGAGUGUCUGAUUUUAUCAAAAACGAAUGCCUCCAAAAUAUCGGAGACUCCUCUCCCCUCAUUCGGGCCACAGUGGGAAUCCUCAUCACCACCAUUGCCUCCAAAGGAGAGCUGCAAAACUGGCCUGAGCUUCUGCCCAAACUCUGUCUGCUGCUGGAUUCUGGAGACUACAACACAUGUGAGGGAGCGUUCGGGGCUCUGCAGAAGAUCUGUGAGGAUUCUGCCGAGAUCCUGGAUAGCGACAUGCUGGAUCGCCCUCUAAACGUCAUGAUUCCCAAAUUCUUGCAGUUCUUCAAGCACAACAGCCCGAAAAUUAGGUCUCAUGCCAUCGCCUGUGUCAAUCAGUUCAUCAUCGGCAGGACCCAGGCCCUAAUGCUUCACAUUGACCCGUUCAUCGAGAACCUGUUUGCACUGGCGACUGAUGAGGAGCCCGAAGUGAGGAAGAAUGUUUGCAGAGCCCUCGUCAUGCUGCUGGAGGUUCGCCUGGAUCGUCUUCUGCCUCACAUGCACAACAUCAUAGAGUACAUGCUCCUGAGGACCCAGGACCCAGACGAGAAUGUCGCCUUGGAGGCCUGUGAGUUCUGGCUUACGCUGGCUGAGCAGCCGGUGUGUAAAGAAGUGCUGUGCGGUCACCUCUCUCAGCUGAUUCCUGUACUUGUCAACGGGAUGAAGUACUCUGAGAUUGACAUCAUUUUGCUCAAGGGGGACAUCGAGGAAGACGAGGCCAUUCCAGACAACGAGCAGGACAUCAGACCACGCUUCCACCGCUCCCGCACGGUCGCCCAGCAGCACGAGGGCGACGGGAUUGAGGAAGACGACGACGACGACGAUGAAAUGGACGACGACGAUACAAUUUCUGAUUGGAACCUGCGAAAGUGCUCUGCUGCAGCGCUGGACGUGUUGGCCAAUGUGUUCAGGGACGAUCUGCUGCUGCACAUCCUCCCACUGCUCAAAGAGCUGCUUUUCCACCCUGAUUGGGUUGUGAAGGAGUCCGGCAUCCUGGUGCUGGGGGCUAUAGCUGAAGGCUGCAUGCAAGGCAUGAUCCCCUACCUGCCUGAGCUCAUCCCACACCUCAUCCAGUGCUUGUCUGACAAAAAGGCACUGGUGCGGUCCAUCACCUGCUGGACACUGAGUCGCUACGCACACUGGGUGGUCAGCCAGCCCCCGGAUGUUUACCUGAAGCCUCUAAUGACUGAGCUAUUGAAGCGCAUACUGGAUAGCAACAAACGUGUGCAGGAGGCUGCUUGCAGUGCCUUUGCCACUUUGGAGGAGGAGGCUUGCACAGAGCUGGUACCCUACCUGGCGUUCAUCUUGGACACGCUGGUAUUUGCUUUCAGCAAGUACCAGCACAAAAAUCUGCUCAUUCUCUACGACGCCAUCGGGACGCUCGCAGAUUCUGUGGGACACCACCUAAAUAAACCGGAAUACAUCCAGAUGCUGAUGCCACCACUGAUACAGAAAUGGAACCGGCUGAAAGAUGAAGACAAAGAUCUUUUUCCUUUGUUAGAAUGUUUAUCCUCAGUAGCCACAGCCCUUCAAAGCGGCUUCCUGCCCUAUUGCGAGCCUGUUUACCAGCGGUGCGUCAAUCUGGUCCAGAAGACGCUCGCUCAGGCUAUGCUUCAUCAGUCACAACCUGACCAGUAUGAGGCGCCGGACAAAGACUUCAUGAUUGUGGCUCUGGAUCUACUGAGCGGACUGGCCGAGGGCCUGGGUGGCACCAUCGAGCAGCUGGUCGCUCGUAGCAACAUCCUCACGCUUAUGUAUCAGUGCAUGCAGGACAAAAUGCCUGAGGUGCGUCAGAGCUCUUUCGCUCUGCUUGGGGAUCUCACCAAAGCUUGCUUCCAGCAUGUGAAACCCUGCAUCGCUGAUUUUAUGCCCAUACUGGGUACAAAUUUGAACCCAGAGUUAAUAUCUGUGUGCAACAAUGCAACCUGGGCAAUCGGAGAGAUAUCUAUACAAAUGGGUGAGUUGAUAGUCCGUUUUUACCUCGAAACCUGCUUUCAAAACGGUGACGUUAUUUUCUGUGUUUAUGAAAUGCGACUCGCAGGGCCUGAAAUGCAGCCUUACAUUGCCGUGGUGCUGCACCAGCUGGUGGAGAUCAUUAACAGACCCAAUACUCCAAAGACUCUCCUGGAAAACACAGCAAUAACAAUUGGUCGUCUUGGUUACGUUUGUCCUCAAGAGGUGGCACCCAUGCUACAGCAGUUUAUAAGACCCUGGUGCACCUCUCUGCGAAAUAUAAGAGACAAUGAGGAGAAAGACUCGGCAUUCAGAGGAAUUUGCACCAUGAUCAGUGUAAAUCCUGGAGGCGUGGUGCAGGACUUUAUCUUCUUCUGCGACGCAGUGGCCUCCUGGGUAAAUCCAAAGGACGAUCUCAGAGAAAUGUUCUACAAGAUCCUCCACGGGUUCAAGAACCAGGUGGGCGAAGAGAACUGGAGGCGCUUCUCUGAUCAGUUCCCGCUUCCCUUGAAGGAACGACUGGCAACCUUUUAUGGGGUGUAAAGGCUUCCACAGCACUGUGCCUCAACGCGGGGUCAUUCACCAUGGGAGACGAGACAGGGAACCAUCCCAGGGAACAUGUUUCCCUCUAGAGGGGACAAGGGGGUCGACCCCUCCCUGACCUGGAGGAAGGGGUGGGAGGGAGGUGGUAGUAGCUCCAGUUUUCAGUGCCCUUAAGCGCAAGCUGGGGAGGGGGAGAGACUGGCAGUUCAACCUUAUCAUGGGAGGAUCAUUCAUUUAAUUGAUCUCAAUCACAAAUAAUAGAAAUGAUCAUUUACUUGUUCUUUUUCUUUUUUUCUCCCCCCAUUUAUUCUGCAGACAUCUUGCUUUCAGGACUACCGACGGGUAAUUUUAGGGGGGAAAUAAACAAUGAAUCUUUAAGGUAUUUGUUGAGGACACAUUCUGAGUUGAAUUAAAACAGUUUUCGAGAUACUUUAUAUUAAAGCAGCUAAUUCUAGCAGAGCAUUUUGAAAUCGGGGUGGCGGGAGGGUGGGUGGGGAAAUGUACUUUCAGAAUGCUGCAUAUCAUCCAAAGUAAGUAAGUAACGACUUACAGGUGACCUAUUAUUUCACCACGUUGCGCAAGGCAGAGGCUCUCGACUUAAAAUCACCAGGGAGCACAAAUCAAGAGCAGCUUUUCUGGGAGUAGGUAGCAUGCUUAUAAUAUUGUGGAAAGCUGUUGAAUAUUAGUGAUGUGUGUCGACGGCCGUCGUUGCCAUUUGAUAAGGUUCUUCUUUGAUCGUGUAAUCUAUAUUUAAAGUACUUUCUGUUUUCUCUGCCAGAGAAUUACAGCGGCCGUCUGUAACGUAGCAUGACGGGGGUUUUACACGCUGGAUUUAGGUUGUGUUAAACCUUGGCUGUGAUGUGACAUUGGAGUGAGUCUCUUUGUUUUAUGUGGGGUGAAUGUGACUUUUUUUUUAAGAGAGAGAGCAUAUGGAAUCUUUAAGAUGCCUACAUUUUUUUGGAAUAAUUUUUAAAUUAUUUUCUGAAAUUUCUGAAGGAAAACUGAAGUAGAGCGUGCAGGUUAUCAGCCUGUGUGUCUCUCUCUCUUUUUUUUUUUUACCUCAGUGAUACAAAAACACGUCUGUGAAUUUCGUGACUUUUACAAUCACAACCACCCACCCACACACACCCACACACACACACACACACACACCUCCACACACUUCAUCAGAUCAGUGUUGAAUAUGUUGAUUUCUCAGUGUAUUGAAAUUCUGUUGCUGGUUGUUUCGCUUACUGUGCUUGGGGAAAAAAAAAAAAAAGCAUGAUCCUGAGGGUGGCUGUCACUGUGGGGUACUUGGAUGCUUUUCAUGUCUUGCAUGUUGGUGGCCCCUCGCGCGUAAACAUUUGGUGAGAAGAGGGUUCUGUGGGAGGGAGGGGAGCUUCAAUUCGAUGUUUUAAGAAGUACAUAGUGAACGAUGUAUGUAUUGCAACACUGGGACGUGUAUUAACCUUGCGUAUCACAUACCGGAGCGCUCUCCCUGAUCUUCCCCAUGCCCCGUAAACUGGAUGUAGUUUUAAAAUACUGUGAAGAAUGUUUAAUGUGUCUGCUUGUUCUGUGCUGUUAUAUAUAUAUAUAUAUUUUUAAGUGUCAAACUGUUAAAAGGUAACAGCCUGAAUGUAUUCCAUGAUGAGUUAGAGAGUUUUGUUUUUAUUAAUUUGUUCUUUUUUUUUAAACACCCAGCCAGGCAUUUUUCCUCUGCUGGCCAGAGUAAUAACUGCAGUAUUUAAUUCUUUGUAAUGCACAUAUAAAACAAAAAAUGUACUAAAGAGUACGUGAAGUAAUGUAGCCAAACCCCUGCUGAGGAUGAAUUAUUGCUGCUGUAAGGUUUCCACCAAAUGCAAUAAGCAUGUUGAUGCAAUUGGACUGCUAAUGUAGCUUUUAUACUUAUAGGGAUAUAACCGGCUCCUUUCAAAAGUUUUCAUACCCCUUUAAAAUCUUUUUCACAUUUUGACUCACUGCAACCACAAAUUGUGACUCAACUAACAGUGGUAACUAAUGGUAAAGUGCAAGAAAAAAGAUGGGAAGUUUAUGAAGCACGUAAAAUAUAAAAUUCUAAAGUGUGGCAUGCAUUUGGAUUCAGCCUCCAGCUUGACAUGUUUUGACCCAUUUUCUUCUACAAAUUGGCUCAAACUCGCUCGGGUAGAAUGGAGAACUUCAUCUUUGACCAGGUGUUUUUUGGAAAAAUUCCUAAUCGGAUUUGGUUCUGUAUGUUUAACUGUCCAUUGUGACACAAGAACAUGCUUUUGGACUAAUCCAUUCGAUCGCGGCCCUGGCUGUAUGUGUAGGUUGUCCUCAAAAGGUUCAUGUUCCCAGAUAGCUCCACUUUAGCUUUUCCUGAUCAGUAUUUGCUUUGAAGAUAUCUGCAAUUUAAUUUGCACUUGUCAAAUCUAAAAAAAAUACGCUUAACAUAUCUCGAACUAUAGACUCAGUUAUAAUAGUUACAAUGCAAUUAGUCAUAUCUUAAAUGGAUAUUUUGUCUAGUCAAAAUAUAACUGGAGAUGUCUGUUUACUAAUGCAUCCUCUCAUAAAGUAACAUUAGAUAGGUAGAAUGUCAAUGUUGUGAAACUGAUUUUGCAUAAAAUCGGCCUGCCAGGCUGCUUUAUGUUUACCCCAAAACGUCUCACUAAAAUUUGUUGAAAUUUGUGGUUGUAGCCUGACACGAUGUCAAAAAGCUGAGCACUUUUGAAGGGAACCGCUACUGGAUCUUUGUAUGCAUCAUUCGAAGUUAAAAAUUACAGGCCGUAAUAAAUGCAUCAUGGAAUACAGAGGCAAAUACUUAAGUGUGCGCGUGUUCCCCCAUCAUUCUUUUUGUUCAAAAUGUGUUUUUUGUUUUUUUUGUCUGGCACAUUCCAGCUGUUUGGCACACAGAGAUGGCGUGAUCACAGCUAGAUGGGGUGUGUUCAGUUCUCGUAUUCUUUCACUGAAAGAUUGUACGUCUGAGAAAAACGAAACAAAACAAAAAAAAACCACACACACAAACGAACGUCCGUUGUUACUGUGCUGUCCUUCUGACUUGACCGCUGCUAAACAUUGUAGUUGUGUAUCACCACUUGAAUAUGUCUUUUCUAAGUGUAAACCUCAGGUUGUUUUUGUUCCAGCGUUUUGUUUUUUUUUCUGUUUGUUUGUUUUAUAAUUUUCUUUUAUGCAGCUCCCCGGUGCACGUCCUAAAGAAUAGUUAAAAAUUCUGAUUUUUCAUGCAAGAAACGGAUAAACGUGGAUGUUAGCUGAUGUGUUACUUGCAGCACUGUGAGCUAUCAAAGCUAGGGGUUAAAAAAACAACAACAUUUCAGCAACUAUAACUUGCACAUAUUUCAUCUACUUUUUUGCCUGAAGUGAUUGUGAUUGAACUCAAGCGUACAGUGUAAUCUCUACACAAUGCCAUAGGAGCAAACAUUUGGGGAUUUUGUUGAUUUGCGAUAGAUAUUUAGCGUAACUGUAUUAACACAAAACCAGGGAGGUGAAAACCAUAAAGAGAGAGAGGAAAAAAAGUUUGCAAGUACAAGUUUGACUUUCUACAAAGCUUUAUUAAACAACCGCAUUUUAUAAAGUACCAACCGGUAGUUUGCAACGACCAUGCAAAGAGCUCCUGUAUUCUGUAACUUGAUUAGCCUUUAAACUUCAGUAGUUAAUCUGCCUUCACAUUUUUUGCUAUGGAAAGCAAAAACAUCAUUUUGAUAGACUUGGUUUCAUUUUUUUUUUUUUAAGAAAAGCUGCUGAAUUAAGAAAAAAAAAAGUAAUACUUUUGGGGCCACCAAAUAUUUUGGAUCAUGCAAAGACUAUAUUGUACUGUAGUAAUUUUGUAAUAUUUGUAAAAUGAUGUAGUGGGCGUGAAUGAUUACCAUUGCUUGAAUCUGUACAUUGUUCCAAUAAAUUGUUUACAUUA